UGUCUUUGGAAGGUUGGAUGGUACAAUGCUGUUCUUCAGCCAGCCUUUCAUCUCCCCUACCCAGAUGAUACCUUGGCUUUCGUGAUCCUCAGCACCCCUUCAAUGUUUGACAAAGCCCUUAAACCUUUUGUGAAAAAAGAACGGUUAAAGAUAAUCAGGGAUCCUGUGGAUCAGUGUGUUUGUCAUCACUUAUCAUCUGUGAAGGAGAAAUUUCCUGACCAGAAGGUGGACAUCAUCUUUGAUUAUGAGAUCCUGCCAAGCCGAAAGCCCAAGUUCUUGGCACAGACAGCUGCCCAUGUCGCUGGAGCUGCAUAUUACUACCAAAGGAAGGAUGUGAAGUUUGAUCCUUGGGGAAAAAAGAAGAUCUACGGUGUAUGUAUCCAUCCCAAGUAUGGAGGUUGGUUUGCUAUCCGAGGUCUCCUCGUGUUCCCGGAUAUUCAGGUCCCAUUCCUGGAACAGCCUGCCCCUGUUGACUGUGUGAGCUCAGAGGAAAAAAGAAUUGAGUUGCUGGAGCAAUUCAGCUUCCACUGGCAGGACGGCCGCUACAGGGACAUCAUUGAAGUGAAGGAGAAGUACUCGGAGGAGCAAAAAGCCUACUUUGCCACUCCUCCAGCAGAGAGAUUCAGGCUGCUGGGGCUGACACAGGAAGCCCAGAGGAGCACAUUUCACUGA